AUGGAUCCUAAGCCAUCUGUGAACCCCAGCAGGACAAUUACCCAUGAUCAGGUCCUGGACAUGGGUGCUGAUGCGGAAUGCACAGAGACACAUCAAGUUCCGUCACCGACACAUGGUGCGACUAACCUUCCAGUUGAAAUUCUCCGCGUCAUCAUGGAGCUUACCAUGCCACCGCCUCUGCAGAGUCUGCACUUCCUAGACUCUACCAUCAUUUCCCGCUACAAUCGUCACUCGCGGUCUUGUUCGCUGCAGACCCUCAGGAAGCAUCUGUUAGUAUGCAAGUACUGGUAUGAUGUCGGCAUUAGCUUCCUCUACCGCCGUGUCGUCAUUCUGCAGAGCAAGCAACUCUUCAGGCUCGCGCACGUCGUCUCGAAUAACCGCAGCCUCGGCGAGAUGAUAUUAUCUCUGCACCUGGAGUGUUAUGUCGGAGUGUCGCAGAUGGCUACUGCCUCAACGGCUGUGGACAGCAUCUUAGCGGUGGCUCCAAAUCUUGCCAAGGUUGCCAUUGCGCCCAUCCUCAAGGGGCAGCCUUCCUUUAGUCUAGUAUUUCUCCGCCUCUUUGCUCUCGCUCAAAACACCCACUCUCGGACCACAGAUCUGGACUUGCGUAUCAAUCGCAUGCUCAAAUAUACUCUAAACCUCAUGUCAGCUUUUACGUACCUCACCACUUUCCACAUCGACAUGAUCCUCGAACCAAAUGAUGAACUUCCCACCGAACACCUGCAUUUCCCCUUUUUGGAAGAACUACAAAUUACUUGGCAUUGUUGGCACCCGUCUGAAAACGACGUGAAGGUCUUUACUGCGUUGGCUGAGACCCUCAGCCUCCCCUCUCUCCAACGUCUGCUUUUAACAUCGCAAGCUCUCGAGGACAGGAUGUUCAUUGAGCCAUUGUUGCGUAAAUUUGGGCACGGUCUCCACUUCGUCUCAUUGACAAGGCCUUAUAUCCACAAUCGCUACCGCGUUUACGACUUUCGCCGCCCCAUUCCCCUGGCUCCAUUGCUUUCCAUGUGUCCAAAUUUACGCCACCUUGCCAUGGACACGUCCAUCCCAAUACAAGUACCUGCGCAUGCAUACUUGACAUGGGUAGACUUAUGGGCUCCGAGACGAAAUUUGGAUCCGGGCGAACAACCAGCUGUAACGCUCCUUCCUCACGAAGAGAAAAUCAAGCUCCCUUCAUUGCGGGGGGUGCGGUUACUGGACUUGUCUUUGUUCUCGUUCAGUGGCGCGCGUACGCCACUCCUCAUACCGCCGGAUAUGGUUCGGAGCACGGAGAGCAUCGUUUGGAGUUAUUCGAGUCUGGACUUGCGCCAUGACCCUGGAUUGCUUUAUCAACAAAAGACGGACGAGUUCGAUGAUAUGCUGGCUCAGAGUUGGCUGGGUCUGCGGGACUUUUAUGCUACGUUGGAGAUAUUAUAG